ACCGCUUUUCCUUCACCUUCACCCUGCAGCCUUCACCUUGCAGUUGAACGUCAGCUAAUUUGAAGGCCCCGCUUUGGCCGAAUGCUGACAAGCGUGUUGCUCGUCAUCCGCAGUUCAUCAACGGCUCCGGUGAAUGUUCAUGACAGUAUAAGUACCACUGUCUUGCAAUGAUUCACUUUCAGUCUUGCAAUCGACAGUUGUCGGGGCGUGGCCCUCCGUUCACAAUCGGAUAUUCAAGGCCUCGAUGAAUACCUUCAAUCUCUACCAUAUGAUGAGAAUAGAUUGAGAGAAGUCGGACUACUAGAGUUUCAAUCCCGAUUCACCGAGGUCGAGCCAGGCCGGACAUUCAUGAGGCCUCGUUCAACUAUACCUGAGUCCUGACAUUCAGCUUAUGAAAACAAUGCACCGAGUUCGACGUCUCAGGCCCAGGCCGCGAUAUCUCCUCAAGCAGGGUUGAGGCGAUGAAGACCACCUAUUCGAUAUAUAUACCGCAUUCAAACAGGUGCCUUCCUGCCCUUCUACCACUACCCAUCUUUUCCCUCCAUUUUCCCCCCGUCUGACACCUCGCCAGCUCGUUUUCCGCUCCCAUCCCUCAAUGACAGACUCGAAUCGUUCUACGAUGGGGGUCUUUACCGGUGCAUCCAAAGUCAAGAUAGGGAACAGUAACAUCUCGAGCGUCGGAAGAGAUCAGUAUCAGUAUAACUACUACACGACACCGACACGAUGCGAGAAGAGGAGGGUUGACAGGAGUCUACCAGAACUUUCCGAGGUAUGUAUUAGUCGCGUUCAAAGUUGAAACAGCUACUUUGUAAGUCUGUAAGUCGGCCCAGUUGUAAGUGCCAAACAACUGAAAAAGGAAGGUGAUUAGUAAGACUGCCGCGCGACACGUUUGAGGUUUCCGUGAGCUCCCUCCCACCCUCCACUGCUUGCUGGGACUAAGUUUUGGGCUUAAUUAGGACAAAUCGACUAGCUUGAACUAUUAUGAGAAAAUAUAGAGAGUUUUAAACUCAAAAACGGUAGAAUGAACGCCUGACGUAUUGAACUGGGGUGGGCAUUAUUUUUUUCGAGCGAGCUGGGCUGGCGCGGCAGUCUUACUAAUCACAUUCCUUUUUUGGUUGUUUAGCACUUACAGCUGGGCCGAUUUACAGACUUACAAAGUAGCUGUUUCAACUUUGAACGCGACUAUUAAUAAUUCGGUAUAUACGACUGGUUACUCAUGACACGCUCCCAGUUCACCGAAAUCAAGCGGGGCGAUAUAUACAAAACCAAGGACGGAGUCUUUUAUUCCUGGAAUCUGUGUUCAAAUGGGAAGGACGACACAGAGGCGGCUGUUUAUCAUGCAGAGCUCAACAUCACUGGAUCGUUUGGACAGAAGAAGUUUACUGUGAAGACGUACCACGGGCGGAAUGCGAUGAAGGAAUGGAGGCGUGAUUUUGCGCAAUGUUCAAAGGAUCUUCUCAGGGAUGUCCCACUUUUUGGUUUCAACAAGUCGGCAGUUCCUUCGUUGAUAUUCUGUGGAGAGCUCGUACCGCUUGCACAUAUGGAAGGUCGAAUGGGAGGGGUGGGGUUGUUCUACACGGAGUUACUGAGAAACAGCUUGGGUUGUGCAAGAAAUGAACUGUGGAUGGAUCCUAAGCAAGGAAGAUUCUGUCGUGGACCGAUUGGGCCAAAUUGUCGGUUUUGGAGGGACGGAGACUUCAGUGUCAUAGUUCCUUCCGACGUGGAGUUCCUGAAAGAAGACGUCAUCAUUCGGUAUCUCGCUAGCAAGCAAGAAGACUGGGGACUUCUUUAUACACUUGGUUAUGCUAGUCAUAUUGAAAUACUGCACGAUAUCCCCAGUCACACCCGCGUCGUUUCGAGUUUGACGAACUCGAUGAUUGCUUUCAUGAAGAAUUUACGGUGGCGGAAUCAUACAGAUUGUCUUGACAAAUGGCGAGAGAUGCCAGAUGGAGCGAGAAGGUUUAAUCUCACAGACGAUCGGCGCAAGAUACGGGUAGAAUCUUUUUAUGAAUCAGACUCUUGGCUCUUACAAGCGUUGAGUGUUUUCCACACUCUCAACAUCUCAUUCGACGAGGACCUUUCCUCCUACAAAUACGUCGACCCUUAUAUCAAGCUCACAGGCACACUUCAGAAAUCCAAACGCAAACGUCAAAGACGCCAAUCACUCUUUCCACCCGUUUAUUUCAUUAUCCGUCCUUCGUUAAAUCCCGUCUAUCAUUGGUCGUUCGAUCCAACUGGCCAAACACCACUCUUGCCAGAAAUGUGCAAGUACCUCGGCCUUCCCUUCAAGCUAUCCCUCAAAGUAACUCCCUUCCAAUUUUCCUGGCCUACCAAGGUCUACGAACACAUCCAUGAUUACCAAAUUUCGAGGAAGUUUGACCCCAAAACCACGGAUUUCGCACAGGCUGUUGGGUACCCUAUAUUUAAUGUCGUUGCUGCCGAGAACCGCUUCCACGAGAUUGUUGAAGGACAGCAUGAAGUUCCCGCUGGUGUACCGUCUUUGGCGAUGGUCAGAGAUGGCUCAGAAUUGGUUCCUGAAUCCGAGUCGAACACUUACAGUGAUCACGUAGAAGAUCCCGAAGAACUAGACGACUCUUUUUCGCUUGAUUCGCUGUUCUAUGAGACCGAAGGAUCCUCAAACAUAUCGAGCGCGAGUGAUGCUAAUCCUGUGCAAACAGGGAAUGCGGUCCAGUAUACUCGACGAGGCAGGAUGAACUCGAUACUGGACACACUUUUUACCCCGUUCACAUGGGAAGCUAUCGAAGGUUCAGGUAUUUCAGCAGCAGCAAUCUAGAGGCCACGGUAAUAUUUUACCACUACGGUACUUCCGAAACCGCGAUUUCGUUGUAUUGACUUGCAGAAAUAAUAAUAGCGCGUUCAAGUUGCACGAAAAUGAAGGUUAUAUGUACGGGGUGACAAUGGGCCGACGGUAGUGUAACAGUACUCGGACCACA